AUGCAGGCGGCAGUGUCCCAGCACCCCGCCCUGUACACGCUCGAGUUCCUGCUGCUGGGGGCGGCGGCAUACGCGGCGGCGGUGUGGCCCGACCGGCCGCGGGGCUGGUGCUUCAACGAGCUGCUGGCGGUGCGGUCGUCGCCUGUGGCGGGGCGCGGCGUGUUUGCCACCGUGCGUAUCCAGGAGGGCACCGUGCUGGGGGCCUACCCAGGCAGGCCGCGCACGCCGCAGGGGAUGGCGGACAAGUGCACUUACGCGCCCGCGGCGGCAGGCUACUGCUUCAGGACAACCUCGGGGCUGCUGCUGGACCCCACGGAUGCGAGCGGGCGCCUGUCCACCGCGCCGGGCCCCGGCCUGCCCUGGCUGCCCACCGACUGCACCCUGGCAUAUAUCAACGAGCCUCCCAAGGGCGCCGGCGGCACCAACGUGACCGUGGAGGACGACCCCGGGGAUGGCCUGGGGCUGCUGUGCGUGGCGGCGCGCGACAUCGAGCCCGGGGAGGAGCUGUUCAUGGACUAUGGGAUCACGUACGACCGCUCCGCUUACAGCCGGCAGCACAGCAGCGUCGGCAGCGGGAGCGUCGUCGGCGGCAGCGACGCGGACGGGCAGCGGCAAGCAGGGCCGUGA